GAGCACAAAGGAAGAAUGAGACGUUGGAGCAGACGGAAGCCGGCAGAGGGGGAUAAAAGCGAUUUUGACGCUAUAAUUAUGGAACUUGAAGCCACGCUAUUUCUUCAUAGAUGGAUUGCUUACCCAAAAUCAACCAGAAAAGUCCUACUGAAACAGACGAACAACUUUCCAUCGAUUGCUGUUGCUGAGAAGCGUCUGAUGGAAGUGAAACUGGGCGAGUUGGGAAGCUGGCUGGGAUCACGAGACUUUACUCCCAAUGGAAUCAUCAGCGCCAUUCGCAGGGGCCGUGACAGAUACUACAACAAGUACUUUCAUGUGAAGAAGGGAGGCAUUGGUGGCAUUUCCAUGAUGCUCGCUGCCUAUGUGACCAUCAGCUAUAUUUGGGAAUAUGAUCACAUCAAACAUGAUCGUUGGAGGAAGUACCACUAACCAACAGCCAUCCGACCCUACGGAUGGACUCUUUAGCUCCUCCAACUCUUUCCUUUCUCAGCUUGAGUUCAAUCUGUGACCAAUAAACUAUAACAGUUAUUGUGA